UUUCUUUUUCUUUUGGCUUCGUACAGAAAUGUUCCGUGAAUAUGAUGCAGUUUAGAUUUAUAGUGGAGUCGAGUGUGUUUGCUGCCUUAGUCAGCUGUGAGAGAUCUCCCGCUGGGGCCGCUCCUUUUCUGAUGGAAAAGGAACAGCUGUGAAGGUGCUGUUUCAGUCUAUUGCUGGUAUUAAAGUGAAAAAAAAGUUGCUUGCACUGGAGAGGGGGAAAUGGGUCAUGUGAUGCCAGCCAUCCUACCCUAUGUCACAGUUUGGAGGAGCACCGAUUGCUCUUAUCCAAUCAUGCCUGGAAUGCUGCUUGCCACUUGGGCUAUUUCUGCUGCCUGUCUCUAUCGGUGCAGUAGUGCUAACAGUUUGGCAGAUGGGACACUUUUUCUUGGAGUUUAUGUCUUUAGUUCUUAAUUUCUGGCAGUGCCUGGACUCGUCGCUGUCUCCCCCUCCCCUCUCCUUUCUCCUGAAACCAUGGCCCAUCGGCUGCGGUUUCAUUUUGGCUCCGGACGAAGCAACACCGCUCCCGAGUCAGGGAUCCUCGACCGUGAGAGAGAAGAGGAUGACUUUUUCAUGGCAUGCCACACUUUGCCCAGAAGGAACGGGCCUCAUACUUUCUCCAGGCGAAGGGCCGAAUGUGGAGAUGGCCACGGGGAUUUGCGGGAAGCCAGUUCCUUGAAAAGGAGCACCUCUAUGUUUAUUCCUCAGCUUCUCAACAGCAUAGAUGCCCGGCCCACCAGGAGCUCUUCCGUGCAGAUUUCACUCCAGCGCAAAGCUGUAAAUGGUCAUGCCGAUGAAUGUGAGGGCACAGAAUCCCCCCCAGAAGAUAUGGGGGACUUUUCAGAUUUAGGGGAGCAUUGUGCAUCUCUUGAUGGAAGUCAUUCUUCUUCGAACAGUCAGCAGGUCACCCCGGACAACUCUCCACCCAGGCAAAUGGAGAACCCAGGGUAUGAGGUUAACGGAGAGCCGUCUAAUCACAGGAUAUUUUGCACCAUCCCUUCCAAUAACUGGACUGACAGUGGUGCAGCCACUGGCCAAGACCACGAAGGAAACAAAACCGGAUUGGGCUUAAACAUUGGCAGGGUAAGGAUUCAGCAUCGGGCUUCGAGUGUGGACAUGCCUCAUGUUACGCUGAUGCCCUUUGACUCAGAGGUUCCAAACAAUGCUUCGGCCUCAGAACCCAGGCGCUGGUCUUUGCAACAUUUGCCAGAAGGCUCUACCAAUUCAGGAAAGAAAUUCUUUGUUUUCCAGUUGCAGCAGCCUCAGGCAAAUAGUACGGAGACAGACUACAAUUUUGGUUUUACAGGAACGAAAGGGGAUCGGUUGGUUAGGUAUCCACGAAUACGUCUGGAGAGAAGUACCUCAUACCCAGUUCAUCCACAGCCAGAACGCAUUAACCCCAUGGAGGGUGAAGGUGUGAAUUCAACACUUCACGGAAAUAGCAGGAAUGGCACUGAAAAAUCCAGAAGCAAUCCAGUGGAGCGGGUUUCUCCAGGGCAAGGAUGCAUGUUUAAAAUCCACCCAGAUCAAAACUCAAGGCAGCAGCACUUCAGAAUUCUUGUAACUCGUGGGAUUAAUGAGAAAGGUCAAAGUUCUGGAUCAGAGAAUUCAACUGGUUCUGCUCCUGUUGCAACUAAUUCAUCAACCAGAGACGAUUUCCUGGGUCAAGUAGACGUGCCGCUUAACCACCUUCCGACUGAAGAUCCAACCAUGGAAAGGCCAUAUACGUUUAAAGAUUUCCUUCUCAGGCCAAGAAGCCACAAGUCUCGAGUAAAGGGAUUUCUGAGGCUGAAGAUGGCAUACAUGCCAAAGAAUGGUGGCCAAGAAGACGACAAUGAUCAGAGAGAAGACUCUGAGCAUGGCUGGGAAGUGGUUGACUCCAAUGAUUCUCCCGCUCAGCGCCAGGAGGAAUUGCCCCCGCCUCCUUUGCCCCCAGGCUGGGAAGAAAAGGUGGACAACCUCGGGCGUACCUACUAUGUCAACCAUAACAACAGGACAACCCAGUGGCACCGACCAAGUUUAAUGGAUGUGGCAUCCGAAUCAGACAACAACAUCAGACAGAUAAAUCAAGAAGCGGCCCACCGAAGGUUUCGAUCCAGGAGACACAUUAGUGAGGAUUUGGAUCCAGAGCCUUUGGAAAGUGGAGACGUACCUGAACCUUGGGAAACCAUUUCAGAAGAAAAUGCAAGCAGUGAUUCCUUAAGCCUGUCCUUGCCACCUCCACCUGCUUCGCCCGUCUCUCGGACCACUCCUCAGGAGCUGUCUGAUGAAUUGAACCGAAGACUUCAGAUCACUCCUGAUUCCAAUGGGGAACAACUUUCUUCUAUGAUUCAAAGAGAUCCUUCUGCAAGGUUAAGGUCUUGCAGCGUAACUGAUGCAGUUGCUGAGCAGUCCCAUUUAACACUGCAGACUGGACCACCUAGGAGAGUCCGUUCCUCAACUGUCACUGGUGGCGAGGAGUCAACGCCAUCAGUGGCCUAUGUACAUACUACACCAGGCUUACCUUCGGGCUGGGAAGAAAGGAAAGAUGCUAAGGGACGUACUUAUUAUGUCAAUCAUAACAACCGAACCACAACUUGGACCCGGCCUAUUAUGCAGCUUGCAGAAGAUGGCGCAACUGGGUCAACCUCAAACAGUAACAACCACCUAACCGAGCCUCAGAUAAGACGGCCUCGUAGCCUCAGUACUCCCACAGUAACAUUAUCUGCACCACUUGAGGGUCUUCUGAAGGAGUCUCCGGUGCGAAGAGCUGUGAAGGACACUCUUUCUAACCCACAGUCUCCACAGCCUUCUCCCUAUAAUUCUCCAAAACCACAGCAUAAAUUGACACAAAGCUUCUUGCCUCCUGGAUGGGAGAUGCGAAUAGCUCCUAAUGGCAGGCCUUUCUUCAUCGACCAUAACACGAAGACCACGACAUGGGAAGAUCCUCGGCUCAAAUUCCCAGUCCAUCUGAGGCCAAAACCUGCUUUAAACCCCAACGACUUGGGUCCCCUCCCUCCUGGUUGGGAGGAAAGGAUACAUUUGGAUGGAAGAACGUUUUAUAUAGAUCAUAAUAAUAAAAUUACCCAGUGGGAAGAUCCCAGACUCCAAAAUCCUGCUAUUACUGGUCCAGCUGUUCCAUAUUCCAGAGAAUUUAAACAGAAAUAUGACUACUUCAGGAAGAAAUUAAAGAAACCAGCUGAUAUACCAAACAGGUUUGAGAUGAAACUUCACAGAAAUAAUAUUUUUGAAGAAUCAUAUAGAAGAAUCAUGUCAGUGAAGAGACCGGAUGUAUUGAAAGCCAGGCUGUGGAUAGAAUUUGAAUCCGAAAAGGGCCUUGACUACGGCGGUGUUGCCAGGGAAUGGUUCUUCCUGUUGUCCAAAGAAAUGUUCAACCCUUAUUAUGGCCUCUUUGAGUAUUCAGCAACGGACAACUACACUCUGCAGAUCAAUCCAAAUUCGGGCCUUUGCAAUGAAGACCAUUUGUCUUACUUCACCUUCAUUGGGCGAGUUGCUGGGCUGGCAGUGUACCAUGGAAAGCUUUUAGAUGGUUUCUUCAUUAGACCUUUUUACAAGAUGAUGCUGGGGAAGCCAAUAACUCUGAAAGAUAUGGAGUCGGUGGACAGUGAAUAUUACAACUCCUUGAAGUGGAUCCUGGAGAAUGACCCAACAGAGCUGGAUCUCAUGUUUUGUAUAGAUGAAGAAAACUUUGGACAGACAUAUCAAGUUGACUUGAAACCAAAUGGAUCUGAAAUCACAGUCACAAAUGAAAACAAAAGAGAAUAUAUUGAUUUAGUCAUCCAGUGGCGGUUUGUCAACAGGGUUCAAAAGCAAAUGAAUGCAUUUCUAGAGGGUUUCACAGAACUCCUGCCAACCGACUUAAUUAAAAUCUUUGAUGAAAAUGAGUUGGAGUUGCUAAUGUGUGGUCUUGGUGAUGUUGAUGUCAAUGACUGGAGACAACAUACCAUCUACAAGAAUGGAUACUGUCCAAAUCAUCCUGUCAUUCAGUGGUACUGGAAGGCUGUGCUGCUGAUGGAUGCUGAGAAACGUAUCCGACUACUGCAGUUUGUAACUGGGACAUCACGAGUGCCUAUGAAUGGAUUUGCUGAACUUUAUGGUUCAAAUGGUCCUCAGCUGUUUACAAUAGAGCAAUGGGGAAGUCCUGAAAAAUUACCCAGAGCUCACACAUGCUUUAAUCGCCUUGACUUACCUCCAUAUGAAUCUUUUGAAGAAUUGCGAGAGAAGCUCCUCAUGGCUGUGGAAAACGCUCAAGGAUUUGAAGGAGUGGAUUAAGAGGGCGCCUGUUUCUGAUCUUCACUAUUCUUCCUCUUAUGAUGAAAAAAAAUAACGAUUCUGUUCACGGAGCAAGUUCUGCGUGCGCUUUUUGAUUUGCCCGACAGACAUUUGCAAGAGGCAGUGGCAGAACGGUUGCACAGUGGUUGGUUCAUGGAGCAAACUCUUGUACAGUGCAGAUGUCAAAAUCCAGCAAUUGGAAGUAACUCUCUUUCUCUCACACCUGUGGAUGGUGUUUCUGACAACGUCUACAGCAAAUUACCAACAGGUUGAUGUGUACCUUGACUACAUUUCAGCAGGACUUGUUCUAUUUAUGUUGUGCCUCUGUAGGCAAAAGCCCUUAAUAAAUGUUUUACAUACUUUCUAAUGACAAUGAAUGGAAUUAAUCAUUUUACAGGUAUAGUAUUACAGCUCAUGUUUACUUUUUAAACAAUGAUUUAGACAUUUUCAAAUUUUAUUUCACUACGAUUAAAAAAAAUCAUAUACUGGAAAAUAGAAGUCUUUUGUUUUCCUCUCAAUUUGUCUAGGUUAGAUGCCGGUGGCAUUUUAUGAUCAAAAGUCCCACUUUCUGUUGCUUUUAGCCUUAGACUGUCAGUCUUUUGGAUUCCUUGGAACCCUUUUUGUAUGAAAUUUUCUGCAGAUUGGACAUACUAUCAGAAGAUACCUAAUGCCUUUUAAUCGUGUGCAUCAAGCUUUUACAGAAAAGAAAAACAGACCGAAAACAGAACUGGCGAUUUGGAUGUACAGUAAUUUACAGAUCAACUGAAUUUACAACAGGAGGAUCAUAAUAUAAAACUGCAUGCCAAAUCUCUCACUCAAUAAAGAAAAUGCCUCACUAUUCCAUAACGAUAUUUAUAUGUAUUAUAGCUUUUUUGGUGAUGGGGUUGCCAUUAUUGUCAUGGAGGGGGGGAAAGGCUUAAUCCUGUUGCUUACCUUUGUAUAGUGACUGUUCUAGUAAUUCUCUUUUCCUUAAUAUUGGAGGCAUUUUGAAAUCCUGGCACUGCUUGAUUUGGAGACUGUGAAGAACCAGGUCCAUAAAGUCUCCUAAUAUAUAUGUAUGCAUUUGCUAAUGGCAUCUAUAUAACAAGGAUCCCUCCAGCCUUUAUUUUUAUCCGCACCAAUUCUACAAGCACUUUAUGUACCACAUGGAGCUCAUACCUUUUUUAUUUUUAAAUCAUAAACACUGAUGUGAUGGUUUAUCUUUUCCCUGCCCGUGUCUCUUUGGUGCAAUGCCUUUUCGAUUGUGAAUUUGGCAGCAGCUGAUCGAAGUAAAGCAAACAAACCUAUAGCAUUGAA